AUGACCAACAUAAGCAUGUCACCAUUCACGAAUAGGAUCGAGUGGAUAGAUCCACAUCGCGGGUUCACUAUGCCUCACUUCAUUUCGUACAAGGGAGACGAAGAUCCGGAUCGACAUCUACCGCAGUACCAUGAUCCUCUACAGGAACAACGAUGCGCUUAUGAGUAUUCGUCUAACCGCUCAAUCAAAAAGACAUCUGACCAUCUCUUCAGCAUCGUAAAAGACCCUCGGGAGACAAUUCGCGACUAUGUCAAGAGGUUCAAAAUGGAGAAGGCUAAGAUUGUUGGCUGCAACGAAAACAUAGCAACGGCAGCAUUCAGAAAUGGGCUUCCCACCGAACAUCUUUUAUUCGGAAAAUUGAUCAUGGGAGAAGAAUUGACCCUAGCAGCUUUGUGUGCCUUGGCAAAAAAACAUGCAUUAUGGGACGAGGCCAAGCAGUCUAACAAAAAUGAGUCAGAAAAGAAGCACAUGGAAUGUUCCCCGACCAGAGAAGACUUAGCGUUUGAAACAUUCACCAAGUUCACAGUUCCAAUCGGCCAAAUUCUCCAUAAGCUCAAGAAUGGACCUUGGUUCGAACUGCCGCCACCCAUGAAAGGCGAUCUUACCAGGCUGGAUCAUACAAAAUAUUACGCAUUCCAUCAAGGACUAGGUCACACUACCAACGGCUGCCUGAAGUGGAAGCAGUACCUUGAGAAGGUGACAAAUGAGGGCCGAUGCGACGAGUAUCUUGACAGGUCAACAAAACGGCCUACACAAGCAGGGGAAGUUCCCAUCACCCCCUGA